AUGAGACAGCGAGAGCGUGCGUUGAGUACGUUGGUGUGUCUGUGUUGGUCUGUGUUGGUCUGUGUUGGUCUGUGUUGGUCUGCGGCAAUGCUGGAUAUGUCAGUUGGCAGUGGGCUGUCGCAUUUGGAAGAGACGCUGCACAAGUCGCGGCCGUUCGUGUGUUCCGUUUGCACGAGGGCGUUUAUCAGGCAGGAGCAUCUGAAGAGACACCAGCGGUCGCACACGAACGAGAAGCCGUUCAUAUGCGUGUUCUGCGGGAGGUGUUUUGCAAGGAGGGAUCUUGUGCUGCGGCACCAGCACAAGUUGCACUCGGCGCUGAUCGGUACCGAGUUGCAUCACGAGAACGUCAACGCUUUGCUCAAUGACGAUAACAUUAAGACGACGCUCACGGAUAGGCAUGUGGUUAGGAUAGAGGGGAACAAGCAGACAAUCUUGCCCACGCCGUUGAAUCCACUGGCGAAGACGCAGGCACAACUGAACAAAGCGGCAAAAGUAGCCGCGAGGGAGGCGGAGAGACUGCACAGGAUUAUGGGUGGGGGUGGUGACACUAAGACGAGUAACUUUGUACAGCAAGUGAACACACGGCCCAAGAGACACGCAUCGUUUUCUGCAUCCAGUGCAUUCACCUACAAGGAUAGGAUGCAUAUGAUAGCGCAGUCAGAACCACCGCCAGGUGAAGAUUCUCUAGUGAGUGGUGGGAGUUCCGAUGAUGGUGAACGCAAGAACAAGGUGCACAACGAUUCUGAUUUUGAUUCGAUGGCUAAUGUACCCCAUCAGGUAGGGUUUGCCACUCCACAACUGACUGCACAGCAAAUGAUAGACAAGGCGCUAGAGUGCGGUAUCGACUUGAAUUUCGACGCGAUCCCUUUCCUGUCGCUCGAACAGACAAACGGGAAGCAAGAUACAACUGAGGGUGGUACAGUUGGGGCACAGACGGGUGACUCCAUGACGAUCCCAGCGAUUCCAACACCGUUCCUCACGGAUUUUUUGACCAUGGGUUCGUCCGUCGGUGGGUCCGGUGGGUUUGAUAAAGUAAACUCGUCCAACGACCUCAACCUGGAUUACUUCAACUACAAGGACUCUGUCGCAAAUACGGGGACUACAGCUACAAGCGCUACCUCGCAGGGGGGCAGAAUGAUCAAGAGUUCGACUAGAGAGAACUUGCUUUCCCCCUUUGAUGAAUUUAUCGCGCAUACCCCGUUCGAGAUCGAGUUCAAAUCUCAUCUAGAUAACCAGCAUUUCAACGAUAUCGGAUUCACCAUGGACUGGCAACAGCAGGGGAACUCACAUGCUGGGAAACAAGCGCUUGAAACACAACAGUUGCAACCGUCCAUGCCAAUGUUCGUCGACAAUACCAUUUGCAAUCUCUUCAAUUCGAGACAGAUGGACUUGUCAAACAAGCACAUAGAAAUAUCGAGUUUCUCUAGAAACUUCCCCAAGACAAACCCAAUGUUAGAAUUCAACCCAGUAAACACAAUAGAGUUGAAGUUUUUUACGGACUUCUUCAGAAUGCAGAUCAUAAGGGACAAUGGACUUACGCCGGACUUGUUCCCUACUACAGAUGAAUUGAAUCACUACAUCAACCUGUACAGAGAUGAAUUCCACAAUUUCUUCCCCUUCGUUCACUUACAAACUUUGAAGCCAACUUUAGGGAAUUACCCAUUUUUGUUGAGUAUAGCGAUGAUCGGUGCUUUGUACGGAUUCCACUCAACACACUCAAUGCUGCUAUCCAACAUCGCGUGGUUUCAAAUAAAGGAACUUCUCGAGAGGCAGCAUCAGAAUUACAAAAUUACGCCGCUCUGGGUCAUACAGUCGAUCGUGUUGCUGACUUUCAUCGGUAUCUUCAGUAACGACAAAAACGUCACAAACAGCAUGCAAACACAGUUGCAAACGCUGAUCCGUCUCGUCAAACUAACCAAAUUGAACAAACCUUUGGAGACUCUUAUAAACCCACCGAUCGAGAGCAAUCACAUCAUGGAUCUGCAGAACGACCCUGUCGCUCUGAAGAACUUCAAAGACCAGUACAACUCAAAGGAGCAGAUCGAAAAGAAUUUCCAUUAUUUCAUACUCGCACAGACUCGUAUCAGGACCUGUCACAUCAUCUUUCUAAUUUCCAAUUUCUUCUCUGGACUGCUCGGUACAGAAUGUUUCUUCCAUUCGAUCGACUUGAAAUGCGGGCUCCCCUGUUACAACGCCAUCUUGUUCUACUCGCUGGAUGCGGAGAUGUGGUAUGGGUACUUGCAAAAGAAAAACAUCGUCCUGGACUCCAAGUUUUCACUGAUCGAGCUUUCCAACGGUAAUGGGAAUUACGAGAGCUGUCUGAUGUAUCUAUCCAGCGGUAGCAAUUUCAUAUUCCAAAACGCAAAGGUUUCCUUCAAAACCAUGCUCACUUCGCUCGUCUCCGUCCACGAGAAAAUCUCGUUAGAGAGGCUCAAGUUCUCGCAGACGGAUAACUACGUCGCUUGGAAGACCAACUGUCUCCCACUGAUAGAAACGAUGUUGAAGCAUUGGGAGGCGCUGUACUUGAAGAACGGUGGGGUUCUUGUCCCGGAACCGGAAAACAUUCCGCUGAUUAACGCGAACCCGUCGAUACGACUAAUCAUCCCACUGUACCAUUCUGCGAAAGUCCGUGAAGUGGUGGACAUGACGGGAAUAAUGAAUACAAUCUGGAGGCAAGACUGGGAAGGGAUGAACCGUCACAUGAGCACGUUCUACUACGAUUGGGAGUCUCUCCGGGUCGCUACGCGGCCAUCGCUAGCACUCAUCGAGUUCUGGAUCAACACGGUUUCCUUCCUGGAGAACAACCCGGAGAAAAUCGCCAUCACCACGCCGAUCUUCUCCAUCACUUGCAUCGUCGCCUCGCUGCUGGUCAUCUCGGAAUACCUGCGGAAACUGGAGUACUGGUCGCACCAGUCUACACCCCACCACGUACUGCAAGAGAACGACAGAGUCCUAUGGCUUGCCAUCUACAAAGCGCUCGCGAGAGUCGACGCACACUUGUCCUCGAAAGACUACGGCACGGUUUCGCCAGCAGUGGCAACGCCAUCGCAGGAGGUGGAGACCAUGCUGCUCUCCGGCGAGACGGCAGCGGCACCGGUGUCCCGCCUCAAGCUGUCCAGCAAGACUCUUGGCCUCGGUGUCAAGAUGCUGACUUCCUCGCCCGUGUGGUCCGUGAGCAUCCUGUUCGCUCAGGCUCUACAAUCAAGACGGCAACAUAACAAGACACCCUGA